AUUAAAUGAAUUGAGCGCUCUACGGAAUACGUUCUACCCAGAAUACAAGUAUAUAUAUAUAUAUAUAUAUAUAUAUAUAUAUAUAUAUACUUAACCGGUGGAUUUAAGGAUUUUUCGCGCGCUCUGAUUGGCUACUCAAACUCGGGAUCUAUUCGCUGAUUUACUUCCAGCUCCUCUAGCGAACGACGCCAAACUCGCGUAAGUUACCAGUAAAAUGGCUUUCCGGUUUGCUGCCGUAACAAACAAAGAAAUUUCACAAAUAAUUAAACAAGCUGUUCCCGAAUCACUCGGAUAAGGUGACGGAAUUCGCUUUGGAAGUUUUAACAGGUAAAGCUUUGUCCACCGCCUUGUUAGCUCAGUUGGGAGAGCGCUGGUCUGCUGAGAGGGAGGUCGCGGGUUCAAACCCCGGCCGGACCAACACUCAGGGUCUUUAAAUAACUGAGAAGAAAGUGCCGCCUUUUUAAUGACAUCUGCAAAUGGUUAGACUUUCUAUUCUUCUUGGAUAAGAACAAAAAACCAUAGGUCCUGCCCCACAGCACUUUUACUGAUCUGUUUAUGUGGGACGCAAAGGAACCCACACCACUGUUCGAAAAGAGUAGGGGACGUUGACCCCGGUGGUGUGGUCAACCUUUACGGGUUGUGGGAUUGGGUAGGGAUGGCACCUUGCAUGGGACCUAUGAGUCCCGUUCGUGCCCAUUCCCUCUGGGCAGGCCUGUGUCCAGAAAAGCUAGUAAAACAAUUUAUCGAUGAAACAGGUGAUUUCGUGGCUCGCGUCCGUUUAUAUGUCAUAAUAAAAGCAAUACUAAGCCUUAAACCAAUAAUAUAACAAAGAGCCUUCUAUCUUAUUAAAGACGGAUGAGUUAGUUACCCUCGGACGUACACGAAAAUUCAGACCCCUACCGUGGUACAAGGGGGGUUGAUGGAACCCCUCCCCAGGGUAAUUGAUAUGUUGCAGUACUUCGAAACGAUUUUGCCUUCAGUGGAAAACUGGAAACCCUUUGAUCUUCACUCCAAUAUGAGGUAUAUAUUAUGGGUGGUGGCGCUGCUGGAGGCCUGUGACGUCGCCAACAAUGGUCGCCAUCUUGGCUCCCAUCUUGCAUUUUACAAAGAAUUAGAAUGAAAAACAUGCAGUUUCACUCAAAAAUGGCUUGACCACCUGCUACUUAUGACGUCGUAUCUGGUAGCCAUAGUAACAGACCAUCACUAAACUUCAGUCUCAAAAUGCGCGCGAGGGAUGAACCAAUAGCUACUGAAAACGUCAGGUAGUGAUGUUUGCUCGUUUAGAAAAAAAAUCCAAAAAACCUCGGGGCGGGGGGUGCCCCUCUUUGUACGUCCCAGGGUUAAGAAAAAAUCCGGUAAACACUCCAAAAACGAAAAACAUUUUCCAUCCAGGUAAAUAUCGUACGGAAAAUCGAGGCAAAAAAAGAACAUUAUGACUGAAUCAAAAUACAUCACCGAACCCUCCACCAGCGCGUAAAUCUAAUCAACGAUAAUCAACGAUACCCUUCGGAAAAGGGAAAUCAAAGUUUGAAAAAGCGUGCCGGUUUUUCUGUUAACCGUAAGCUUAUGUUUGCUUAUCGGACCUGGACGAACUGUUGAGUGUAAAUCAGCCUUUACAUUUAUACAACACAACAUUAAAUAAUAUUUGAUAGUAACGUUUACUACAACGUACUGUUUUUGUCCUCUAUGGUUAGACCUAUGACGGUAUAUAUAUGCAUUUCAUUUUCCGCUGCAAAGUACUACAUAAUUUAGUGUACACAAUUCAAACUGUGGCAAGUAAAGACAAGCCCGUUUACAUCUCUAGUUAUAUCUUAAUUCUAAUACACAGCAAGCAGUUCAAGUUAUCAUGGAGCACAAUUCUUCAAGGCCUCUCUUCCUGUACUUGCCUUUUCAAAAUGUUCAUGGUCCGGUUCAAGCACCUCAGAAAUACAUUGACAAAUACAGCUUCAUCGAAAACAAGACGAGGAGGACGUAUGCAGCCAUGCUGGAUAUUGUCGAUGAAGCUAUUGGUAACGUGACAAGGAGCUUAGAAAAAGCAGGGUAAUAUACAUUGGUUUCCUAUAUUUUCAGCUCAGUUCGUAGAGCGCCGGUUUGCCGCACUGCGUAAGUAGUGAUUCGAACCGCAAACAGAAGCUAAAACAACCAAAGUCUUAUGAAUCUUGGCAAAAACGUCUGGACCAGUACUGGUUGUGAUGUACUUCAAUUCAGUCCAUACUGCUUUCGAGAGAGAAGGUAGCGUAGAGUCCGGUUGUGUGGUAUAAAUCAGUCCUCUCUAAGGCAUAUAUUGUGGGGGCUUGCCUCGUCGGUAUAUUGUACUUCAAGACCCUAAAGUGCCCCUGACACAACUUUACUAUACCAAAUUAUAAAAUAACUAAGAUAGUACGCGCGCUCUGAUUGGCCGAGAGGAGUGUUUGCAUCAGAGUAUAUAAACAUGGUUGUGGCGUCAAGAUGUUUUGCUUUUCGUGCGCUAAUCACGCAAGCACAAAUUUGAAAAAGUUUUCAAGUUCAAAACUCGACAAGUUUACUUAAUUUACCCAUCCCUUCGUCGGCUGAAACUUGGAAAAUCGUUACAAAGAACGUGUGUCAAUUUCUUUUUUCGCUUAAGCUGACAUUUUAAGCGAGAAAAGUCCGUAUUUUGGAAAGCAUCCUUUUGCAAAACAAGAACUGACUACGCGUGCAAGACUUAGUGGACAAGACUUUGCGACUGGUAAGAAUUUCUCUUUUAAUCAGUGCCAUAAAAAGAGUUUUGCGUCCUUUCUCGUGAAAUUUAUUUUAUAAAAGCAAUAGAAAACUUUUUUCCUGUGUUUGCAUAGCCUGAUGUAAAUACUCGGGGGCGUUGGGAGAAUUCUCGACAGUUGUGCAAACCCGAGACUUCGUCUCGGGUUUGCAUGCUGUCUCGAACUCUCCCAACCCCUCUCGUGUUUAUAUCAGGCUAUGCAAACACGGAAAACGUUUUCUGUUUUAAAUGAAACACCAAUUGAAUCAGACGGUCCAGUAUCUCUAUAUUCUAUUUUUGAUGACCCAAAACUGAAACGUUUGCGAAAAUGUUGAAGUAAUUGUCAAUUAUACUGGCCAUCGUCGACGGUAUACUCUGCAUAUUUAAAAAGAGGUGCUAUGUAAUUGAUAGGCACUGUACCACUAGCGAAGGCAGGAAAUAAAUACAUGAUAUCAUUAUCAAUUAUCCUUUCACAUCAGCCUUUGGGACAACACUUUGUUCAUCUUCACCACUGACAACGGAGGGCGUCCUAAGUCAGGAGGUUAUAACUGGCCUUUGCGCGGACAGAAGGGAAGUCUCUUGGAGGGAGGAGUACGAGGGGUGGCAUUUGUCCAUGGGCCAAUGCUGAAGAAAACAGGCGUGAAAAGUAAAGAAUUGCUUCACUCCACGGACUGGUAUCCCACACUGAUCAACCUCGCAGGUAAGAAGGAGGGAGGGAGGGGUCCGAGGGGGUGGCUUUUGUCCAUCAGCCAAUGUUUAAGAAAAGAGGCGUCAAAAGAAAGGAUGCAGAGUAGUGCUUCACUCCACGGACUGGUAUCCUGCACUUAUCAAUUGUGAUAAUAGCUAGAUAUUGUCAGUCCAAGUGCGAAAACACUAUGGGCCAGUUAUUUAAACGGAGUUUAGCCAGUGCCAGUUUGCCGAACGCCUUAUGUAAACACCAUUUAUUGUCAACAGUGUCAUGAAAGCAUAUAGCGUAGACUAGAAAAGCGUUUGUCCUCUUAAAAUAACCCGCCGAGGAAGAAGAGAUCUGGAGGUCCGAAGGUUUCCUAAACUUGCGGUCUAACUUAGAUUUCGUUUAAAUAACCAACCCUAUAAGUCUUGCUACAAUCGGCGACAAAAUGAGUUGAGACACCCUUCAAAAUGAGUUGAGACACUUCGCCCAAAAGUAGGCUUUUUUACGUUUUAUGACUUCAAAAGGAGGAAAUAUAGCUUUCCUCCCCCAUCCUCUCCGUACAAUGUUGGGCCCUUGUCCUAGCUACCUAUAGAAAACAACAAACACCCCAACUUUGAAUGGAGGGGACAGGGGAGGGGUGCGGAUUCUUUUGUUCUCCGAAGUCACCCUAUUUAAGUACAAUGUCUCAACAAUUUUGUCGCCGAUUGUCUGAAUCUCAAAAGUGGCCGUACGUCCUUUAGAAAGUUAAUUGAAUUCAUUUUUUUAUGCUGGGAUGUAAGACCCCUGGUGGCUUUUUAUUUGUUAUGUUUGACUUCAUCAUACCUAUUUUAGAACAAUUAGAAUAAGGCGAUUUCGUUAUUUUCAGUGCGUGACAUUUCGUGUCACGCUUAACUGUGCCUUGACAUCGUGCGAUGUGGCGCGUCGGGCACGAUUUCUUAUUCUCUUCUUUAUCGAAACGCAUCGAAACAAAGAACAGAGUGAAAAGGAUAGAAAACUUAAUAGAUUUCUAGGCAUUAAAGUAGUUAUAAUGGCUAAAAUUGCUCUUUAGGACGAAUUUCCACGAGUAACCACGAUCCACGAUCAAGAAAAAAACAAGAUAAUCUAACUAUCUUUUAAGAACAAAGUUGGUUACUCGUGUGGUUACUCGUGGCCAGUCUCCUCCUGACCUCAUAGUUUCUACUGUAAAGUACAUUCUUCAAAGACCCUCAUGGGUAUAUGGGCAACGAAUUUGCUGCACAGAUUUAGCGAAGCUAUGCAGCUUUGCUGUGCAUUAGAAGUUGGAACAUUUUUCCUGAAAAUUCUCCUGCGCAGAGCAAUCAUGGCUAUUUUAUCGUCCAUCCCACCCUUAUCAAAUAGCCAAACUUCGAAUAAACACUUCGAACUUACCAGGGAUAUAUUCAAAUACAAUAUAUUAUCUGCCAUCGAUUCCUACCGAUCACACUUAGUUACCAGAGGAAAAUCAAUCAUUCGGUACGUGGGUAUACUGCGUAAUUACUUGAAAUCACUACCGAGUACAAAGAUUGUCAAAACCAAUUUUCCCUCGAAAAACACAGGAAAGGGAUUAUAUGGGUAUCUUAUCUAUCUUCUGAAAAACGACCCGGUGAAUAUAGUAAUCUCAACUAGUUACCGUCUCCUAACCGGUGCUAAUAGGACAACAGCGCGUAGAUUUCGAUUCAGACAAUCGGCGACAAAAUGAGUUGAGACACUUCACCCAAAAGUAGGCUUUUUUACGUUUUAUGAACUUCAAAAGGAGGAAAUAUAGCUUUUCUCCCCCAUCCUCUCCGUACAAUGUUGGGCCCUUGUUCUAGCUACCUAUAGAAAACAACAAACACCCCAACUUUGAAUGGAGGGGACAGGGGAGGGGUGCGAAUUCUUUUGUUCUCCGAAGUCACCCUAUGUAAGUACUAUGUCUCAACAAUUUUGUCGCCGAUUGUAGACUGGAGUACUGACAAUUUGACUAAUAAUAGACGCUGUUUAACUGUGACAAAAGACGGAUCGAAACGAACCAAUUACUGAUUACGAGUCUUUAUAGCCAAUAACAUCACGGCUCAACUGACAGACGACCAAUAACAUCGCGACGUAAUUGACCAACCAGAUCGAUAACCAGAGUACAAUACCAUCAACUGACGUGAUACAACUCACUUUGACUCUGAAGAUGACUACUGCACAGGAUGUCAAAACGUCAGUCACUGUCAACAACAACGGUCCUAUUCAGGACUACGUUCAUCCGGACGAUCAAUCUCAACCUUCUUUUGAAAUGACUCCUGGGUUCAAACCUUUCACCACUGCAAAAAAUAUACAACUACUAUCCUCCAACCUGCGAUCAGGCGUUUUUGUUUGCCCACGGAAGACAUAUUAAAUAGUGGAGCUCUCGAUGCGUCCAGCGGAACACCAUGAAUAAGGAAAUUUGGUUAUCUAUGCAUCCAAUUUUGUUUCUGACAAAAUCGUCCGUUUUUACAUACGUCGCUCCCUCAUGUUAGCGGUAUGUGAAUUGUCUUAAUGUAUAUUACAAAGCAUAUACAAAUUGUGUUUAACUUGAUAUUGGAAAUGCAUGUUAUGAUCAAUUGACAUCUGUCAAAAUAGGGCAUCCGGCGACAAGUGUCACAUGACUGCAAUGCGGGCUCGGGUAUACAGCUUAUUGAGUUGACGUGUUUUUUAAAGUUCUCCGCUGACCAGUUAUGGUAAUCAAGUGAUCACAGAAAGUCUUCAGAAAAACUUUAUUUUAGAAAGGUCUCACGAGUGCUUCGCUUUUGGCCUUGGCUAAAUCUAUUUAGUAAAAUCCAACUAGUGGUCUAUCAUCAAUGCUGCGUUCUGAUUGGUUGAGCUACUACUAGGCUAUAUGAGCGCGGGCUUUUUGAACACAAAAAAGGAUUAAAGUCUAGCUUUAACUAGCUAAACGUUUUUUAUUCUCGAUAUUUUUUACCAACUAGUUGGAUUUUACUAAAACAAUUAUUCCUCUCGCCCUCAUGGCCUCUGAGUCAAUAGUCCAUUCUGCCUUCGGCCUCAUGUGCUAUUGACUCAGAGCCCAUUCGGGCUCGAGGAAUAAUUGUUAAAUAUUAAAGAUGUAGAAAGGCUAUGAUCGCAGGCUAACUAUCGUCGAUGUAGCAGGACAAAAUACGAAAAUAUUGUGAAUCCAGUUUUAUCGAACAUAAGACAUAAUCAAGACCUUGAUUCUUUUAGGAGGAAAAGUCGAUAAUAAUCCUGUACCAGUAGACGGCUUUGAUGUAUGGGAGACAAUUUCUACGGGCAAGCCGUCUCCAAGAACUGAAAUUCUCCUGAACAUCGACUUAGCACCGAAGGAGAAGCGUUACCGAGGGAUGGAGUCUAUUCACCCCUAUUAUCAGGGCGCGGCAAUUCGUGUUGCAGAUAUGAAGCUAUUGGUGAGCUGUCCGAAUUCCACUUGGUUCAAGCCACCAGAACUUUAUAACAAAGAAAUGGUUAGUAACUAAAGGUCUUUCAUGAAUAUUUUUGAUGAACAUAAUCUGGAUUCCCUACACGAAUCGAAUCCAUAACUUCCCAAACACUGGGUGACCGCUCUAUCCACUUAGUUUCGAAGAAAUUCAUGAAGCCCAAAGCCAAUUACUGGGUGCUUACUUUCGAGUUUUUACUGUGUCAUGCAUAACGAAAGGAUCAGCGAUGUCGACGGCGUACCUAUUUUACGGUCAUAAACAGAGAAAAAAGGAAAACGUUAUUCUCGUUAAAAAGUAAGAGGCCCUCUAGGUGGUGGUGUGAAGUUUUCGUUGCCAUGCACGGGGUGAAAAAAGUUGAUAUAUACAAUUGAAACUCUGUUGUUUUGCCUUGAGUUAGGAGACAACGGAUGUUACUAAAACGGGGAACGGGGAACGGGGAACGAUCACGAGGAACGAAAUGAAACAUUGAAACAAAACCCUAGCCUUGAACCCCAGCCCUAUCAAUAACUUCAUUUCAUAUUCUCUGCUUUGUUCCGAUUUUUCAAUUUCCCCUUCUCCGUGCUCGUUUAGGCCCCGCUCCCCGUUUUAGUAACAUCCGGGGUCAACGUACGGUGGCAACUAAUCCGUGUAUUGCCGUUUUUGUCAUUUGUUCUAAUGUUGACAAAGGACGGGUACCUUAUUACAUGAAAUUUUCGCGACACGUUAAUUUCACGAAUUUCGCGAUACAAAAAAUGGCGAAAUUAAAGUGACGCGAACAAUAAGUGUCGCGCACAUAACAUGACGCGAAAAUUAAGUGACUGACAUCAUGUCCAUAAUUAAGAAAGAACAAGUUUAUUACCACUGAAACGUUUACAAGAUCACAUUUUUUUAUUUUUCUGAGGAAUUUUCAGUGUAAAUGGAUGUUGUAGUCAAUUGACUCGAGAACGAUAAUUUACGUACAAGCACGAAAUGCUUGUGGACAUAGUGAGAACUGCUUUGUUACUGUUAAGGAUAUAAGAAAUAAAUCAUAAAUGAACUGCGGAAAUGAAAUGAAAAUGAAGAAAUGAUCUUCGCAGUGAAUGCAAUUUAUGCAGUUGGGUAAAGAAGCCUGAAAAAAAAAAUCAGGACUUCAACGGGGUUUCAACCCGUGACCUCUUGAUUACCAAUGCGAUGCUCUACCAAUUGAGCUAUGAAGCCACUGACGUUGGGAGCAGGUCAGGUGACUGUUGACACUAGUCUCACUGUUGCAUUUUUCUUACUUUUGACGUUAUUGUUCCUUUGAUAAAGGAAUUAUAUUUAAUUCAAGGAGAUGUUAAAUGACAUUGCCUAUAAAAUGUAUAUUGUUGUACUCAAAAAUGCGAAAUCAAAGUGAUUCAAAAUAUAAAAUUUUCAGAAAAUCGCGAAAUUUAAGUGUCGCGAAAUAUGCGCACAUCUAAAUUGCGAGGUAAACAUGUCGCCAAAAUUUAAUGUAAGUAGUUAUCUCUUUUUACCAUUUUCAGAAUUCUCAAGUGAAAGGUUUUAUUGAAGUUGCUCUUUACAAUAUCACAGCUGAUCCUACAGAACACAAUGAUUUGAGCCAAAAAUUGCCUGACGUCGUCCAAAAAUUGCAAGAGAGACUGGAGUUUUACAAACGUAGCGCCGUAACCCCUCUAAACAAGCCCACAGACAGCCAGGCUUGGGAUGUUGCGCGGAAGGAUAGCAUUUGGACGCCUUGGAGAAGCACAGUGGGCGAGAAAGCCUAA